UGACAGUCGACAUUCAACGAGGUCCAAAUACCAAUUGCUUUCUCGUAAUUAACUUGUGGCAAACGAAAUGAGUGAUUAAUAAUGAAAAGAUGCAAUGACACGUCAAAUCUAGACCAUAUUUCAUUAUCGUAAGUGCGAAGUUGUUGCAACGGAAACAAAUAUUGACAACUCAUUUUCAUUUUAAGUGUUGACGACGAAGAGGACAUAUGUAUUUUCCAAAGAGACUCAAAGCAUCGGGAGGAAGAAACGAUCUUAACGCCUUCUAUAUCGUCAUGUUAAUAAUUACUUUCGUUAUAGCAAUGCUUGCCUGCGAGGUAAAAAUGUCGGCUUGGAACGCAAAAAAUGACGAAGGUGCACUCCAUGUUGACGGAGACAUCAUUUUGGGCGGGCUGUUUCCGCUUCACAAAAAAAGCAAAAAAGAUGAAAACACGUGUGGUCCCUUUAGUGAAGUACCAGGUUUCCAAUACAUGGAAGCGAUGCUCUUUACGAUCCGAGAAAUCAACUCCGAUCCCAACAUACUCCCAAACAUCACACUGGGGGCAAGAAUAUACGACACUUGUCAGAGUAAAACCAUCGCAGCAAAUGCAGCAAAGAAUUUCAUAAAAAUGACAUUGUCAAGUAAUCGCAAUUCUACGUUGGCAGGAGUAAUCGGGGCGCUUAGUAGCGGGGUUUCUGAAACUGUUGCAAAUUUUCUUCGUGUCUUCGAGAUUCCUCAGAUCAGCUAUGCUUCAACGAGUAUCAUUUUAAGUAACAAAGAUAUCUACAGUUACUUUCUGCGCGUCGUUGCACCAGAUUCAUUUCAAGCUCAGGCAAUGGUUGAUAUUCUCGUAGAGUUUAAUUGGACUUAUGUCUCCACCAUCAACUCAGCCGGACCAUACGGUACGGAAGGCAUGAAAAAGUUUACGGAAGUGGCCCAACGGAAUGGUAUAUGCGUCGACUUUAAGGCGGAAAUGAAAGCAUACCCCUCUGAAAAGGAAUAUGAGAACACCAUAUUGAAUAUCUUUCGGCGAGCCGAACAGAGCAACGUUUCGGUAAUUGUCAUCUUUGGAACGGAGACUGUAAUACGUAAUUUUCUGGAGGCCUAUGCUAAGCACAGUCAUCAGGCACCACGUGAUUUUACGUGGUUAGGAAGUGACGGUUGGAGCAACAGACCACAUGUCGUUGAAACUGCACCGGAGGCUGCACUUGGUGCAAUAACAAUCAUGAUGAGAGCGGGAAAACUGUCGGAAAAGUUUCGAAGAUACUUUACUAAUUUGAAUUUGACCAACUAUCCAUUUGACAAAAGAUACUUCUACGAAUUUUGGGAACAUCGAUUCAAUUGUCUUCCCAAGACCGUUGCUGGGAGCCAAUCCAAAAAUUGCCAAGGCGACGAAUCUCUUGCCGACGUCGAUAUUGAAUACAGUCCAGUCAGGGUGGUAAUCAAUGCCGUGAACGCAUUUGCCAAAGCGUUGCAUAGCCUGCACAAAGAGCUGUGCCCAAACAAAAGUGGGCUGUGCUUCAAGAUGAAUCGUAUUGAAAGACGGAGAUUGUUGGACCACCUCAAGAAUGUAUCUUUCUGGGAUCCGUCCGUGAAUAGCGCGUUCAGGUUUGAUCAGAAUUACGAGGUCAGCGGCAUGUACGACAUCGUCAAUUUUCGACAGGAAGAUGGCGUCAAUAAAUACAUCCGAGUGGGAACCUGGGACGGUGACAUAAACGAAACCGGUCAUAUUACGUCACGGUUGAUAAUUAAGAAGAAAAUAACUUGGCUGAAAGGUGAAAGUAAUCCACCUUCGUCUUUCUGUACAAAAACAUGUCGCCAUGAUGAGACUAGCGUACGGAUGCCAAAGUUCGAUUUUACAUGCUGCUGGAGUUGCCAUGAAUGCGAACCACAAGAAAUAGUUAACAACAACACAUGCGUCAGCGGUCCUGUAGGUUGGCUUCCUAACAUGAACCGCAGUGGAUGGGUAAAACGCAAGGUGGUCUUUGUCGAUUGGAUUAACGGUUCAUCAAUUGCAUUGGUGACUUUAUGUUUUAUGUCGCUUGCACUCACGUUUGCUGUAUUUGCGUCAUACAUCUUACACAAAAAUCACACCUUAAUAACGGCGGGCGGGCGGGAGCUGAGUUUUAUUCUGUUACUUGGUAUAAGCUUUUGUUUUAUCGUGCCCAUGUUAUUUUUGAGAAAACCACAGAAAUCCAUCUGUUUGGCGCGAAAUUUGAUGACAGGCCCCACGCUCACAAUGUGUUAUGCUCCCAUGUUGAUGAAGAUCCACCGACUGUAUCAAACCACUAUGAACGCAACCACGACGACGCAAAAAAUCUUAACAAACCGCAUUCAACUGUUGGUAACGGUUGGCAUGGUAACAACACAACUCUUCUUCACAACUCUAUGGUUAACCAUCAAUCCUUCGUAUCCCGAAGAGAAUUACUACAGUGAAAGAGAGGAACUGGUGCUAGAAUGCACCCCGGAUGUUGUGGGUUUUACAGUCAAUCUCAACUACGUCAUGCUGCUGAUGAUAUUGUGUACAGUGUACGCUUUCAAGUCGAGGAAGAUCUUGGAGACUGUCAACGAGUCGAAGUAUCUUCUCUUCACAAUGUAUGUGACAUGCGCAGUGUGGACUAUCUUCUUUCCCAUAUACAUAAACGCAAAACGCAGCACAAACCGUGUGUAUCUCAUAUCAGGAACCUACCUAAUUAUUGGAUUGAUUACCCUACAUGGGCUGUUCGCUCACAAUGUAUACACAGUGAAUCAAUCACGAACCAAUGACUUAGACGGAGCAAAUUAAACAAAAACGCCAUAACAGGAUUUAAAUCACUGGGUCGGUAAAAAACAAGUAUAGAUAAUUCUAAGAAAGCCAAGGGUAUCGUUGAAAAUAGUUAGAAUUAGUUUUAAUAACCUGUGCUUAAUAGUCUAAAACGGAAAUUGGGCUUUUAGUUCAAGCUUUAAGUACAUUUAGACGGCUAGUGAGCCAUAGUAUAAUAAAAAUGAUGCACGACCUACGGAGAGACGUAAAGACCAUCAAGAACAAGGCUAACUUAUGAAGUGUAGCACUACAGCUUCUAUAAGACAAAGAUUACGACAAUAAUUGCUGGGACUUGUAACAUUUUUCUAACUGAAACUACUUAUUUACUACUGCCUUAAUAAUUUAACGAUCAAGAUAUCGAUAGAGACUAAAUAGUUGUGAAUAGUUUACGAGUUGUGAAUAGUUUACGAGUUCGAAUAAUUGCCCGAAUGCUUCGACAAGGUGUCAGCGAUUGAUUAAUUAAAGUAGUGAAAAUCCUCUGAUUUCACAAAAACCAUGA